CGGUAGAACAGUUUCAAGAUUAUCUCCGAUGACAAUUCGGUCCUUCAAUAAACAUUCUACCAUGAAACCGACAGCUGAGGAUCAUGGUCCCACUUGUCCAUUGGCGUGAGACUUUGGGUCCCUGUCAUCAGGGUGCCAAUAAAAGGUGUAUUCUAGAAACAUAUUAUAACCGUCAAGGGGGCUUAACUGUCAGAAUUAGUCAAACAAACCGCCCAAUUGCCUGCUGGUCAGAGUUCAGAUGCCCAUGGCCUCCCUUUUCCCCCUAAGUCUCCUCUAUAGCCAACUGCUCCUUUUCCCCCUCUUUGAAUCCAUUUUCUCUCUUCUUUGGAGCUCGACCCUCAAUUUCCAUCACCUCUCCCCUCCCGUUUCAUCAAUAAAGAUAUUUUUGGGAGCUUAUUGACUCAAUCUGGGAUGUCUCUAAGGAAAUCAAAGUCUAAUCAUACUGAUAAGACCAUGUCCCUGGAAGAAGAGCAAGCGAAGAUAAAUGAAGUCCGAAAUCUCAUAACUCCAUUGUCAGAUAAGCUGCCAAACUUCUGCACAGAUGCUUUAAUAUCAAGAUUUCUACAAGCAAGAAAUUGGAAUAGUGAAAAAGCAAGCAAGAUGUUGAAGGAAGCCCUGAAAUGGAGGCUGGAAUACAAACCAGAAGCAAUUUGUUGGGAAGAUAUUGUUCAUGAAGCGGAGACUGGAAAGAUUUAUAGGGCGGAUUACUGUGACAAGUAUGGAAGAACUGUUCUUGUUAUGAGGCCAGGAUUCCAGAAUACCAACUCAACGAAAGGGCAAAUAAAAUACUUGGUUUAUUGUAUGGAAAAUGCAAUUUUAAAUUUGGCAGCAGAUCAGGAGCAGAUGGUUUGGCUCAUUGACUUCCAAGGUUGGACGAUGGGUAGUGUUUCAGUGAAGGCGACUCGUGAGACCGCUCAUGUUUUGCAGGACUAUUACCCUGAAAGGCUUGCACUGGGAAUCCUCUAUAACCCUCCUAGGAUCUUUGAAUCCUUCUGGAAGAUUGUGAAGCCCUUUCUAGAGCACAAGACAUACAAGAAAGUGAAGUUUGUAUACUCUGAUGACAUCGAGAGCCAGAAGGUAAUAACCGAUAACUUUGACAUGGACAAGCUGGAAUUAGCCUUUGGGGGCCGUAAUCCAGUAGGCUUCGACAUUAACCAAUAUGCUGAACGGAUGAAAGAGGACGACAAGAAAAUGUCAGCAUUUUUAACAUCAGGCACCUUCCUCAAGUCUGUUCACCAAAGAUCAGAGUCGUUGGUAGCUGAACCUCAAUCAGAGGAAGCCUUAUCUGAGAGCUCUUCCUCUGGCAAUGAGUUGAAAGAGAAGCUUAGCUGCAAGACUAAUGUUGCUACAAAAACAGAGAACAAACCAGAUGUGAUUCAAAUUAGUGAGUCUGUUUGAGAGUGAUAAAUGGAGGCAUUAUUUCACUGAUAUUAUCAAUACAAUUGUUUAAUCUAACUCCACAUUUUGUUCCCUGUGUAAUUGAGCUCUAAGCCAUUUGAUACAUUGUCCAUGUUUCUAGUGUAUUCUCUGUGAUCUGCAAGUUUAUGACUUUGGCUUUUUAACCAUCUGUACCGUAACUUGUAACUCUGAACUCAAGUUGAUUUCAGUCUAUGAAUCUCUGAGGUGUCUUUAAAUUGGUCUGUUUUGUGA